GCGAUGGGGGGGGGGGGGAAGAAGAGGGGGCAGACUGCAGCGAUACGCCCCACACCCCUACCCCCAGCACCUGGCGCAGGAGGAGAGAGGCGGCGCACCUGGGGCGAAUGGGGGUUGGGAGCCAGGUGGCCAAGGCGCGCCAGCCUGGCCGCGACACCGAGCAGGAAGUGGCUGCGGCCCGCCCUGGCGCGGCCUCGGCUGGGCGCGCCUCCUCCGCGGAGCCUCGCGGAGCAGCCAGGCCAGGAGGCGUUUGAGCCGGAGCGCCUGGAACGAGACCUAAUGGCGGCGCUGGCGCUCGGGGGCCUCGGGGACGCCGCCUCGGCCGCCCUGGAUGAGCUGUCCCGCAACUUCACGUAUGGGGCUCUGGGCGCCGGCAACGGCUCCCUGUCGGGCGCGUGGUACCGCAGGAACCAGAUACACCUUUUUGGAGUUUUGCUGGCCAUUUUAGGAAAUUUGGUAAUCAGCAUUUCCCUAAAUAUUCAGAAAUACUCUCAUCUUCAGCUGGCGCACCGUGAACACCCAAAGCCAUUCUUCAAGAGUGUGUUGUGGUGGGGGGGCGUUGUACUGAUGGCCAUGGGAGAGACAGGAAACUUUGCAGCCUAUGGAUUUGCCCCCGUUACUCUCAUCGCUCCAUUGGGCUGUAUGUCUGUUACAGGUAGUGCCAUUAUUUCUGUUAUGUUUCUGAAAGAAAAUUUGAGAGUCUCAGAUUUACUAGGUAUGACAUUGGCAUUUGCAGGAACAUAUUUAUUGGUGAACUUUGCUCCAAAUAUAACUCAGGCUAUCUCCGCAAGAACAAUACAGUAUUACUUUGUUGGUUGGCAGUUCCUGAUCUAUGUGAUUUUAGAAAUAUUACUUUUCUGCAUUCUCCUAUAUUUCCAUAAAAGAAAAGGAAUGAAGCACAUUGUGAUUUUGCUAACCCUGGUGGCACUUCUAGCCUCAUUGACUGUUAUUUCAGUAAAAGCUGUCUCAGGCAUGAUCACUUUUUCUGUGACGGAUAAAAUGCAACUAACUUAUCCCAUCUUCUAUAUCAUGUUUAUCAUCAUGAUAGCAUCUUGUGUUUUCCAAGUCAAGUUCCUGAAUCAAGCCACGAAACUCUACAAUACAACGAUGGUGGUGCCGGUUAACCAUAUUUUCUUUACAACCAGUGCCAUUAUUGCAGGUGUCAUAUUUUAUAAGGAAUUCCUUGGUGCAGAUUUUCUCACUAUAUUUAUAUAUCUUUUUGGGUGUUUUCUGUCAUUCCUUGGUGUGUUUUUGAUCACAAGAAAUCGAGAAAAGGAACAUCUGCCACAGUCUUACAUUGAUUUUGGAAAUAUUCCUGGGAAACAAAUGUUGGAUAAAAUACAACCAGAUUCAAACGGCUUAUCCUAUGGAACUUUGCCUGAUGGAAGUGACUCAACAAAGAGCCAAAGUGGAGAGAAGAAAGAGGUCUAAAAUGCCGAGAGGGAUGGCUGUUGGCCUGUUAUUCAAUACCACCUUUUUUAAAAAUUGCACAUGUUCAAUUUGUGUCAG